AUGCUCACCCAAGAAGCUAGGGGGCUGGGUGUUGUGAACCUAGAAAAGUUUGCAAGAGCUCUACGGUUGCACUGGUACUGGUACCAAUGGGUAGACCAGACAAGACCUUGGAUGGGGAUGACCUUGUCGGUAGAUAGCAAAGAUGCUAACCUGUUCAGUGCCCUAAUAAGAGUGCAGAUAGGUGACGGUAGGAGAGCAAGCUUCUGGACGGACAAUUGGCUUAGCCACGCAAUGCUCAGCCAAAUAGCGCCCACGUUGUUUGCAAAAUGUAAACACAAGCGCAUGUCUGUCAGAGAAGUGUUGACACAGGAUAGAUGGGUACAAAGCAUACAACACAGCAUAAAUAUUGAGCUGGUCGAAGAGUAUUACGGUAUUUGGGAGAAACUAAGCACAACAAACACAGAUGACCUCUUCAGAGAUGACGUUCAAGACAACAUCCAUUGA